ACUAAAGUGAUGUCCUUGAUGGGGUCUGACCCACUUCUCCUGGCCUGCCUGGCCAUAGUCUCUCUGGCCUGCUCCCCGUUCCUGGAAGCUGCUCUGCUGUCCUCUAAAUCCCAGGAAAUCAGCUCAGUUACACACACACUAUCAAUAUCAAGGAAUUCAAUGAAUGACGAUAUAUUGAUAAAAUCACCAGUGUUGGGGUCAAUACCAUUUACAUUCCAGUCAAUUCAGGAAGUACACUGAAAUUCCAUUUCCAAUUCUCAUCAAUGCUUUUCAAUUUGGAAAAUGUUGAAUUGGAAUUUGGUUUACUUUCUGAAUUGAAACGUACUUAAAUCCAACCCUGGAAACCACCAUGUCAAAUAACUACAAAAAUCCUUGUUUUCAGUGAACACCGCUAUAUUACUUAAGCACCAUUAGUCAAGAACCAUUUAGGUGUGUGUACCAGAGGUUAAGAAAAUUUUUACAUUUUACAUUUUGCAGAUGCUCUUAUCCAGAGCGACUUACAGUUUAGUGAAUGCAUACAUGUUUUUUUGUUUGUUUUGUUUUUUCAUACUGGCCCCCCGUGGGAAACGAACCCACAUCCCUGCCGGCCAAACCCUCCCCUACCUUGGACGACGCUGGACCAAUUGUGCGCCGCCCAUGGGUCUCCCGGUCGCGGCCGGCAGCGACAGAGCCUGGACUCGAACCAGGAUCUCUAGUGGCACAGCUAGCACUGCGAUGCAGUGCCUUAGACCACUGCGCCACUCGGGAGUCAACAUUAGAACAACAUUACGUGCUAAGAGGGCAUGCUUGUGUUGCACUAACCUUGUUCUCCUCAUAUACUGUAGUUUGAGUUCAAAUGAUUUGUUUCAUGCAGACCUACAGUGCUAUAAUUUUCUAAAAUUGGAAUCGUUAUGAGCAUUCGAUACAUGUACACAAACGCAUGCUGGAGGCACACAUUCAUGAAGACACAGACUGUUCAACACUCUCUCAAAGCAUUCAACUUGACACACAAAGUACUUGAAGAAUGUACACGUAACAGCAGCUGGUCAGACCACUGUGAUACUCUAUUCUAUCAGCAAGUUCCAAAGCAAGCACACGGCAGAGAACAGCUAGCCUUUUCCAAGAGCCUUCCCUACGGCCAGGGUCAGCCAGAACCAGGUUCAGGUUGUCUAUAGUCCACCACAUUGACCACCCUCUGUCUCUAUCUUACAGCUCUGUGUGCUUCUUAGGUUCUCCUUACCCCUGGUGACCUGUCCUAUGACCUGACCCAUGUAGCUCAACUGACUCAUAAUGUCAAGCCUGAGAUAAAGUAAUCCUUCUACCCCCCCCCCUUACUCCAACCCCGCCCCCCCCCCCCCCCAAAAAAAAAGUUGUAAAGUGGUUAUCCCACUGGCUAUAAGGUGAAUGCACCUAUUUGUAAGUCGCUCUGGAUAAGAGCGUCUGCUAAAUGACGUAAAUGUAAAUGUAAAUGAGAGGUCAAAACACUUUAAGUAAAACUCUAACUGCUGAGCCCUCUCAGUCGGCCAGACACAGAGCCCCAUCCAAACCCCAGUCGCCUGCCAAUCGAGGUGUGAAGGACAAGGGCUCUAAAUAAAAGGGGAGUUGAGAGAGGGAGAGGGGGGGGGGGGGGGGGGGGGUUUCUGAAUUGUUGUCACCCGUAUUUCCCCUCCGGCCCCCACCAGACACCCAAGCCUUGACUGGCUCAAUGGAAUAAUAGAUGGGGCCAGUGAUAAAUACACAUGUCUAUGGCACCUGAGGUGAAAAAAGGGGGUGGGGGCCUCUGUUGCCUUGGAAACAGGAUUCCGUACAUGCUCAUUGGCUGUCUGGGAUUUGUGGGGGGUAUAAAGAACUAGAGUUUUGGAGGGUCUCUAUAAACAGGCAGACUGAGAGAGAGCCUACUGUCCUCUUCUCCCAGGGGAUACGUACUGAAAACUCAACACACAGCGCUCUUGGAUUGUUUAACUCUUAGAGCUUGAUUCGGUUCCUAGAGUUGAGUUGAAGGAGAGGGACUUUGUGUCUCAUUGUAACGGGAUCCGACCUUCGGUGUGACUUUUGAUACUGAGAGAAGUUACCCACCAUGCCUGGCGUGAACCUGGACUUCCUGUCGGCCUCAGAGGCUCCACAGCCCCUGGUGGGAAAUCCAGGCAGCCUGUGUGCUGAGUCUGGUCUGGAGGAGGUGAUCGGUGACCUUCUAGCCCAAGAUCAGGCUGAGGAGGAGGAGGGUGAGGGGGGUGAGUGUGGGCUGGAGCUGACACUGCGCUGUGCCGUGGGGGAGAUCCACAGUGACCUGCAGGCCUUUGGGAAGCGGGUGGAUGCACGGCUGGAGGAGGCUGCGGCGCGUGUGGUUCCUCUGUCUACAGCUCUGGCAGCUCUGCAGGAGGAGAACUUGAGGCUGCGUAUCCAACAGGAGAGGCUGGCCCGCCAGUUGGAGGCUCUGUGUCAGGCCCUGGGGCUGCCUGAACCCCCACCUUACACAGCCUUCGUCCCGGAGCCCACACCCAGCACUCCCAAUGACUUCCAACUUCCAUCCAGCACACCCCUCUGCCCUAAAAUGCCCGAUGGGCCAGACUGUGAACCUGAGGCCACCCCGGUCCCCCACCGUCCCACCUUUGCCACACGUCGUUCUUCCUCCACCUCCUCUCUGGUAGGACUAGGAGGCAUCUCGCACAGCAAUAGCAUGGUAUGCCUCUCUCUCUAUGCCUGUAUGGAUCCCCUCCUGCCAAAAUAUUUAUCAUCAGUUCUAGCCUUUUACUCUUUACUGACACUCUCUUCCCUAUCCCUCUUUGACGCCUAGAUAUUUUCCUCUAAUCUGAAUGACAGGUUUUCACAUCUUCAAUGAGCAUCUGAUCAGUCUAGGUUAUUUUAUGGUUUUAUUGGCUGUACUAAAUCAAAUCAAAUGUUAUUUGUCACAUACACGUGUUUAGCAGAUGUUAUAGCGGGUGUAGCAAAAUGCUUGUGCUUCUAGCUCCGACAGUGCAGUAAUAUCUAACAAGUAAUAUCUAACAAUUUCACAACAUAUAUCCAAUACACACAACACUAGUAAGAAAUGGAAUUUAAGAAUAUAUACAUAUAUGGACAAGCAAUGACAGAGCGGCAUGGACUAAGAUACAGUAGAAUAUUAUAGAAUAGAAUGGAAUGCAGUAUAUACGUAUGAGAUGAGUAGUGCAAGAUAUGUAAACAUUAUUAAAGUGACUAGUGUUCCAUUUCUAGUGCUCAGCUUGACAGCUUCAGUCUGCAGAUUAGAGAUCAUUGUCAGUGCAGAUGGCUGGUUACAUCAGGGUUGGGGGUGUCAUUGUGAAGAAGUGGAUUUACCCGUAACUAAUCAACUCGCCAGCUUUAUCUGCGUGCCUUUCUGUAGCCCCUCCUUCUCUCCUCCUGUCUUUUUCCACCAUCUGUCAUGAGGACAGUUCCAACAGCAUCUCUAUCAUCUCACAUCAUCACCUCCCAUCCACAAAGACCUUCUCUCUUAUCUCUCACUGUUUCGUGCCAGCUCCUCUCUCAUUGUCUGUGAGUGUGUGACACCUGCAUUUGUCACUGAUGUGCUUUAAUCCCAUUGGGUGGAUGUUGGGGUUUGUGGAGGUGCCCUCACUGCCCUGGAAGAACCUGGCAGAGUGUUUGUUUGUGCAUGUGUUCCUGUUUGUUUCCGUGUUCUGUCAGGGGACACACUUCCUGCGGUGGGAGGAAGUAUCCUGUUUGCUGUCAUUUAAUCUUCUGAGUAACCGCCUGGUCAUGAUGAAAGCCUCUGGUCUACUGCCCAAACACUGGGCUCCUACGAUCUCUAUGGUACUCUCCUCCUAAACUAGGUCCCUAACAUUGUGUUGGACUUGGACUACACUUCAGUCUUUUAGGAACUCCUCACCUCUCUUCGACAUUACGAUUUUAUUUGGGAUAUGUGGCUCAGAGUUCACACUUCACAGUGAUCCUGGUCAGAUACUGAACCAUACCCCUCUCUGUGGCCAAAUGAUGGUUCACAGCCUGGGUGCUCUCUCUGAUUACAUCUCAGGUGUGUGACACACCAAUGUCACUCCAUCAGCCCCCCUAUGGUCCAGACCCUUUGUGAUUAGGGGACUCGAGAGAUUGGACAUGCUCCUCAGCGUUCUAGAGGCAAUCAGACUGCUCUUGAACCCUGCAGCCGGCUGUAGUCCAGAUCAAGAAGGUCAGCUCUGCUCUGUGUUUUGACUGGGGUAAAGGGAACCCAGCCAAGGAGCUGACAACAUAGUGGCUCUCUCUCUGUCCUAUGUUACUUACCUUCUAAUUACUCUGAUGGUAUUAGUCUGGUAUUAAACACCGGUACCGCUAACACUGACACAGAUAGGCUCUGAAACCUGUUGACCUCUCUGCUCUGUUGGUUGGGCAAUCAGACUGUAUGUUUCUGUAGAUUGGUGUCUAUGUGAAGGUUUGCCAAGUCUGUUAUUCCUAAUAAUGUAAUGUAUUCUGAGCUGCUCUGAGUGACAGAGCGUCCUGGCUCUAUAGUGUAUGUUUAUUGUUGCAUGUCCACAUGGGUUGAUGACAUUUUGAGGGAUAUUGAAGGGAAUUUAUGUGGUAUUAUUCAGCUGGACAGGGUCCUUAGCCCAGUAAUGCUCCCAGACCAGCUGGUCCUGUCAAUCAGGCCUCUCCACCCAGAGGGAAGCUGUUCUCAUUUAGUUCAGUCAUGUCACAGACUGACAGAUGACUGGGAUGCAUGGAAGCUGAUCUUACCCGACCCCUACUCUUAACAAUGUGGUAGUAUAUAGAUACACUUCUGCCUCAACAGCUCUUACAUAACCUAGUCCUGUAGGUCUAUAGUAUACAGACACUCUCAAUGGCAUAGUGUUAGACACAACUGGACACCCUUAGCAUAAUGUACACUCUCAUGCAAGAAGACAAGAAAGCCUGUCUCUCUCCGAUCAUCAAUUAAUUAUAGAUGCAGUUCUGUUUACAUAACUCAGUACUAAAGGUGUACAGACACAUCACACAAUGGCAUAGUGUUAGGCACACCAGCCACUUUUGUUAUUUAUAUUUUGUAUUUUUCCCCCCAAUUUCGAUCUUGUCUCAUCGCUGCGGAAGGCGAAGGUCGAGUCAUGCGUCCUCCGAAACACCCGCCCGCUUAACCCAGAAGCCAGCCGCACCAAUGUGUCGGAGGAAACACCCUUCAACUGACGACGAGGUCAGCCUGCAGGCGCCCGGCCCGCCAGAAGGACUCGCUAGAGCGCGAUGAGCCAAGUAAAGCCCCCCCCCCCCCCUAACCCCACAAUGCCCACACAUGUCCAUGCAUCUGUUCCAGUGAGACCCUGUUUGUUUUGGUGUUUUUUUGCAGGGCCGUGUCCAAUAACAUUCCACUGCGGUCAAGUGGCUCUCACUCUGAUCUGUCCCAUGGGUCAGACCCCUGAAUCUCAGUCCAGACCUCCAGAACCAGAACCAGAGGCCACCCUGGAUCACACAGCUCUGGCUGCACUGGGGCUGGGGGGGGGCACCCUCUCCCUGGCUGGACUCUCUGGGAGGAGAGGGGGGUGGUGUGUGGGCUGAUGGGGACAGUGCCCGCUGUCUGGGACGAAAUUUGGACCUGCACAUCUACAACAAAAGCAAAAAGUCUAGCAGACCAGCCCAGCCUCUGUAGUCUGCAGAAGGCAUGUGGCACCAUAUGAAAAUCUAUUUAAGAGGUGUUAUCUAUAGGCUUUAUGGCCACUUAAAAUAAACAGUUACAAAGACAGUGGUAUCUUAAUGGAAGACUGUACUGUGUUUAUGUCCAUGUCUCAUCGCCUUUCUUCGCCUGUCAGCAGUGGCAGCACACAAAAACCCUACAUCUCUCCUGUCUGUAACAGCACUGACUGAGGUGCACUAUCUGUUCCUGGACAAUGUGCUUGUGCUUUUACAGUACUGUAGUGUGUAUACUACUAUAUCCUGUAGGAGGAAGGAGCUGGCUUCUAUCCUACACAAUUUACAUUCUUGCAGCUCUACAGGCCCAUAGCCAAAGUAGUGCUUUACUCCUGUCACAUGACAUGAGCCCUCUGUUCAUCAUCAUACUGCUUAGACAGACUGAGAGGGCAUCAGUCAGAAGUGGCCAGUGAUGUGUGAGCUAACUGUUGCUUGGCAGUGAUGUCAAACCGCUGUAAUAAUCCUCACGCUCCGUGACAAGGCAGGAAGACUGAGGAGCUGGAGGGCCUGGGGAAUCAUGAGGGGUGCGAAAGUGUACAUCAGGUUUCCCCAACUGGUGGCCCGCAGUCCGAAUUUGAGCCACAAAAAAUAUAUAUAUAUACAGUAGCAGUCAAAAGUUUGGACACCUACUCAUUCAAGGGUUUUUCUUUAUUUGUACUGUUUUCUACAUUGUAGAAUAAUAGUGAAGACAUCAAAACUAUGAAAUAACACAUAUGGAAUCAUGUAGUAACCAAAAAAGUGUUAAACAAAUCAAAAUAUAGUUUUAUAUUUGAGAUUCUUCAAAGUAGCCACCCUUUGCCUUGAUGACAGCUUUGAACACUCUUGGCAUUCUCUCAACCAGCUUCAUGAGGAAUGCUUUUCCAACAGUCUUGAAGGAAUUCCCACAAAUGCUGAGCACUUGUUGGCUGCUUUUCCUUCACUCUGCGGUCCAACUCAUCUCAAACCAUCUCAAUUGGGUUGAGGUCGGGUGAUUGUGGAGGCCAGGUCAUCUGAUGCAGCACUCCAUCACUCUCCAUCUUGGUCAAGUAGCCCUUACACAGCCUGGAGGUGUGUUUUGGGUCAUUGCCCUGUUGGAAAACAAAUUAUAGUCCAACUAAGUGCAAACCAGAUGGGAUGGCGUAUCGCUGCAGAAUGCUGUGGUAACCAUGCUGGUUAAGUGUGCCUUGAAUUCUAAAUAAAUCACAGGCAGUGUCACCAGCAAAGCACCCCCACACCAUUACAUCUCCUCCUCCAUGCUUCACGCUGGGAACCACACAUGCGGAGAUCAUCCGUUCACCUACUCUGCGUCUUACAAAGACACGGCGGUUGGAACCAAAAAAUCUCAAAUUUGGACUCCUCAGACCAAAGGACAGAUUUCCACCGGUCUAAUGUCCAUUGCUCGUGUUUCUUGGCCCAAGCAAGUCUCUUCUUCUUAUUGGUGUUCCUUUAGUAGUGGUUUCUUUGCAGCAUUUCGACCAUGAAGGCCUGAUUCAUGCAGUCUCCUCUGAACAGUUGAUGUUGAUGUGUCUGUUACUUGAACUCUGUGAAGCAUUUAUUUGGGCUGCAAUCUGAGGUGCAGUUAACUCAAAUGUACUUGUCCUCUGCAGCAGAGGUAACUCUUGGUCUUCCUUUCCUGUGGCGGUCCUCAUGAGAGCCAGUUUCAUCAUAGCGCUUGAUGGUUUUUGCGACUGCACUUGAAGAAACUUUCAAAGUUCUUGACAUUUUCCGUAUUGACUGACCUUCAUGUCUUAAAGUUGUCAUCUCUCUUUGCAUAUUUGAGCUGUUCUUGACAUAAUAUGUACUUGGUCUUUUACCAAAUAGGGCUAUAUUCUGUAUACCACCCCUACCUUGUCACAACACAACUGAUUGGCUCAAACAUAUUAAGAAGGAAAUAAAUUCCACAAAUUUACUUUUAAGAAGUCACACCUGUUAAUUGAAAUCUAUUUCAGGUGACUACCUCAUGAAGCUGGUUGAGAGAAUGCCAAGAGUGUGCAAAGCUGUCAUCAAGGCAAAGUGUGGCUACUUUGAAGAAUCUCAAAUAUAAACUAUAUUUUGAUUUGUUUAACACGUUUUUGGUUACUACAUGAUUCCAUAUGUGUUAUUUCAGAGUUUUGAUGUCUUCACUAUUAUUCUACAUUGUAGAAAAUGGUAAAAAUAAAGAAAAACCCUUUAGGUGUGAGUAGGUGUGUCCAAACUUUUGACUGGUAAUGUGUGUGUGUGUGUGUGUGUGUGUGUGUGUGUAUAUAUAUAUAUGUGUGUAUGUAUGUGUAUGUAUGUAUAUAUGUGUAUAUAUAUAUAUAUAAUAUUUAUUUAUAUAUAAUAUUUAUUAAUUUUUUAUUUUAUUUUUUCAUUGUUGGAAAUAAAAGAUGGUAAAAACACCAGGAUAAUCAGCUCCAAGUGAUUUUAAUUUUGGAAAUCUGUUCCAAAGUAUUACCAUGCAUAGAGAGACACGUGAUUUUAGUCAAAUAUCAUAUUUGUUUGGGCUUCUUGCGGUCAAUUUGCAGCCUACAACUUAUUUCUAAUCAUGUUCCGGCCCCCCGACCAUCCGCUCAAGAAUAAUUUGUCCCGCGGCUGAAUCUAGUUGAUCCCUGGUAUACAUGCUCCCCCUCCCACCUCCAAAAGUUCCAGGAAGUUUUCCUGAGAUCCUCCAGUGCUCAUUCCAUCAUAAAUGUCAGCAAGCCUCGGUGUCUUCUCUGUAAACACAGCUGUAGGGGUUGACGGAUCAGAAGCCUCCCUUUUCUGUCUCUCCCCUGGCCUUGUGUGUCCUGGUCCCAUGAUUUCUCACCAGCUGGAGAAUGGUCUUUGAGUAUGAUCAACUACCUUUUGUAUCUGUUUAUAUCUGUCCUGCCACUGACAUUGACCCUUAGCUGAGGAUAAAAAAGAAUUCACACUCACAUAGUCUAAAAUGGAUGCCAAUCCUGAUUUAAAAAGCUGUGUAACCUGUAAAUAACCCAUCAUUCCCUCUCCCUCUCUCUCUUUGUCUGUGUAGUUGGAGACAGAGCCUGUGAUGGCCUCAGAGCCAGUGUUUGAAGUGGAGCCCUCAGUGCAGGUGGCAUGCUUUCAGUCCCCGGCUACAGUACCCAACGGCUCCUCUGCAGCUCGGGCCAAAGUCGAAGAACGGUCCGGAAAACUGACUGCAGAACAGCUGGCUGCCAUCGACGAUGAGGAGCUCCUGGAUAAAAUGGUACUUCCCCCUCCCCCAUAUCACACAUGCUUACAGUCUUCAAAUCCCCAUACCUAGAUGUGGUGUUGUUGUUUUUGUGUAUUAGUUAGGAGUUAAAUCUGAUCUGCUGAGCGAACUUAUAUUUGGAAAGGUCAUACCUUUACAUUUGUGUGUGUGUACACUACACUCUGUGUGUAUUUGGAGCUAUGUGACUGAGUUUGUCUGAAGACCGACCCCUCUCAUUCCUUCCGUCUGUCCUGUUCUUUCCGACAGCUGGAUGAGUCCAAGGACUUUGAGGAGAGGAAGAUGAUCCGACAAGCCAUGAGAGAUCUGCGUAAGAGGAAGAGAGGUGAGAUUUUUCCAAAUCUAGUCUGCAUUAUGCACCUGCCUCAUUUUCCAAAUCUAGGCUGCAUUAUGUACCUGCCUCAUUUUCCAAAUCUGCAUUAUGUACCUGCCUCAUUUUCCAAAUCUAGUCUGCAUUAUGUACCUGCCUCAUUUUCCAAAUCUAGUCUGCAUAAUGUACCUGCCUCAUUUUCCAAAUCUAGUCUGCAUUAUGUACCUGCCUCAUUUUCCAAAUCUAGUCUGCAUUAUGUACCUGCCUCAUUUUCCAAAUCUAGUCUGCAUUAUGUACCUGCCUCAUCUCUUGCCAUUUUCCAUCCUUAUUUUCUGAUCUUAUUUUCACAUUCUCCCAUCCUGCUCUCAGAGGCCAUACUGGGAUGUACACAGGAGGAAAUAGGUAGGAACGUCCUGUGUGUUUGUGGACUAUAUUAAUACAGUAUGCAUCCGUGUUUGUCAUUUAUCAAUGUCCCACUUGGCUGUAUCCCCUCAUUGUCAACCAUACUGUCCCACCAGUGCUGUUAUCGAGCUUGACACUCGUCAUUUAGUUUUCUCAGUGAUACACAUUGAUCAUGAACUGACCAGCAGCAACAAUGAACAUGAGGAACCUGUAUGGUGAACGAUGAGGGAUAUGUUAAAACAUCUGUUGAAACGCAUGAAUCUUGAUGUUUGUGUGACUACUCACCACGGUGCCAUAUGUGAUAUAUCAGGAUGAUGCAGGACUUUCUGGUUCACUCACUGUCUCAGGGCAAACACACCUUAUGUUGUUCCACAUAUGGCUGGCUGGGUGUAAAGUGUUGACUGUUUGUUGAGACUCCAGACAGGUCUCGGAACUCUGUGUCAGAGAAGUUUCCAUGGGCUUAAUAGCUAGCCACCCAUUUCAUCCCUGUAUUACCCGUAACCCUAGCCAAUCUGUUGAAACAGUAAGUGAGAGACCGGAGGUAUUUAGUUCCAUUAUAAUGAGCGCUUAACUGUGUCUCUGGGGCUUAGGAAGGUAAAUGGACAGGUAAGACUGCUACAGCUCCCAGGCAUCGGGUAACAGUAGUGGUGUUAAGGUAUCAGUGUUGGACAGCGUUCAGUAGCCUUUCUAUGCCAGUGUCUCAGUGGUCUGACGUGAUGUUCAGGGUCUCUUUGAUGUUUGUUCAGCACAUGCCCCACCACAUCACAGCCUGAGGUUGGUUGUGUUUGUCUUUCACCUGUGGGUGGCUGUUUGUGUUCCAAGGCAUUUGAUGGUGCUUUGGAAAGAAUCUUGAAAUGUACCUCUGCAAACAUUCAACCCAUGUUUAGUUUGGCUUUGUAGCAGAUGAGAUGCUGUCAACUUGUUGAGUGCCUCUUCUCCCUCUUUUUCCACUGACCUUUUCCUCCUGCUAUCCCUCCUCUCCUCUAUCUCAGACCAAAGAGAAAAGGAGAGAGAGGUUCGUCUUGUGGAGCUUCGGCAGCAGAGAGAAGAGCGUGCUCAGAAGGGUCGUACGGGAGGAGGAGGAGCUGAAGAGGUGGUGAUGAGGAAGGUGGAGAAGUCAGCUGAUGGCGCCACCCUCAGCCAAGUCACCAAGACAAACCACUUCGCCCAGUCUGGUAGGCCAAUCAUACACCAUGUCUUAGGCUGACAACAUGGCUGAUACAUUUGGGCAAUACACUAGCUCCAGUUUAACAGUGCGUGAUCUUCCGAGGUCAGUUGAAAUGGUUCUAAUGUAUUUAUAUGUGUUUGUGUGUCUAGGUGAUGGCAGCAGGACAGCUCACAGCACCAUCAUGGAGGCCAGUUAUGUGAAGAAAACAGACAGUGAGUCAUCAAUGCAUCCUCCUCCUCAUUUAAAUCAUCAUCAUCAUCAUUUGAUUGCUAUAUCUUCUCAUCCAUAUAUGGUGUUAUGUGAUCUCACCACCACCACCUCCCUGUGUUCUCUAGUGGGGACAGUCCAGUCCAAGUCCUACAGCUACUCCUCCUCUACCUCUUCCAGUUCCAGCUCCGCCAGGAAAGUGGGCAGGUGAGAACUGAACCCAUAUAAUUCUGUGCCUAAACCCUUCUCCUCAGCAACCCCUAUAGGAUUAACUGAAAUUGUGUUGAACGGUAAUUUACCCCUUCUCUAUCUUCCUCCCUCCUCCCUUCCGUCCAUCAGUGUGUUUGACCGUGAGGAUGACUCGGCUUCCCGUGCUGCGGAGCGCCGGCAGGCAGAGAAACGUAAGGAGCUGAUGAGAGCCCAAAGUCUGCCCAAGACGUCCGCCGCACAGUCCCGCAAAGCCAUGAUCGAGAAGUUGGAGAAGGAGAGCGGAGGGUAAGGAUAGAAAGAACUGAGAAUAGCAAAGAAGGAGAAGAGUUGAAACAUGUCUAUACUAACAUAAACCAAUCCCCCUCCUUCAGGCCAGGGAAUAAAGCGGUUGCCAAGGUGAACACGGUCCAGCGCUCCGCUAGCUGUGUGGUGCCCAAUGCCAACUCCAUCAAACAGAUGCUGCUGGACUGGUGCCGCGCCAAGACCCGCUCAUACGAGGUGAGCCAACCCACUAUGGCACUAUCCUGAGUGUCCAGUCUCCUCAAAGAUCUGAGGCAUUCACACUAGUUCAUCCUGCUAUGAGGGUUAGGCCUUUAUAUAAGCCCUCUACUGCAAUCAAAACAUGCCACCAUGUCUUCUGUCAGCGAUGCUGUGUUCUCUCAUACUCUUGAGUCUAGUCUAUUAGGUGACUAAUGACAUUUGGAAGCAUUGGUUAAUGCUUUGUGAUUUAAUAUAGUAUUUCUCUCUUUUUCUUCUUUCCUCCUCUCUUUCAGAAUGUGGACAUCCAGAACUUCUCGUCCAGUUGGAGUGAUGGCAUGGCAUUCUGUGCCCUGGUGCAUAACUUCUUCCCAGAGGCCUUUGACUACUCCUCUCUCACCCCUGCCAACCGCAGACACAACUUUGAGGUGGCCUUCAGCACUGCAGAGUGAGUACACACAUACACAAAUGCAUACACUUGUAAACUGUCCGUCAUGCAUGCACUCAUAGAUGUACUGAAUGUGAUGUCUUGAAGUAUGACAUGGAAUCAAGCUUCACUCUUGGAGUUGCCCCAUGGUCAUUUACAGCAGAAUGGAUCAGGAUCUAAGUGAACCAUCCUCCGUCCCCAAGACCAUCAAUCGUCUGACCACCCCAAGGCUCUGUUCGUGGGAAAGUAGCUCUAGCCAACUCUUUGCCUACCCAUUGAACUCAAAAUCCAUCACACAUCUUGAGAACCACAACUUCCCUCGCCUUUCUCUGCCCCAAACCAACACACUCCUCUUUCUCUGAACAGAUAUGAUCCCUCUAUUGGGUAUGUUUGUUUGACCUCUGUAAAAUCAACACUGAGCUGCCAGUCUAUGGAUUCCUCAGGCUCAGCAGGACUGGACCUCUGGGCUCUCACCAUCCUCUUAGCCUUACUACCACCUAACUACCAACUUACUACCACCUUACUACCACCUUACUACCACCUUAUUACCACCUUACUACCACCUAACUACCACCUGCUGUGGUAGUUAGGUGGUCCUCUGUAGCUCAAUUGGUAGAGCAUGGCGCUUGUAAUGCCAGGGUAGUGGGUUCGAUCCCCGGGACCACCCAUACGUAAAAAUGUAUGCACACAUGACUGUAAGUCGCUUUGGAUAAAAGCGUCUGCUAAAUGGCAUAUUAUUAUUUAUUAUUAUUAUAACUACCACCUAACUACCACCUAACUACCACCUUACUACCACCUAACUACCCAUCCAUGUACAGUAAGAAUGCCUGCCUGAGGGAGGAAGAGAAUGUGCAUCCACAGGAUGCAGCCUUUGGAUUCAUCAGAUUCACCUAUUGGACUCAACUCACUGUUUCCAGGGGCCCUACAGUAAGAGGGUUGGGGUGGGCCUGGGCCCACUGCUCAGUUGUUUUAAUCUCUCCUCUCUCUCUCAUGUCUGUGCAGUCGGCUCCUGGAUCUGUUACUACUACUACUACUACUACUACUACUACUACUACUACUACUACUGUUACUACUACUACUACUACUACUACUACUACUACUACUACUACUACUACUACUACUACUACUGUUACUACUACUACUACUACUACUACUACUACUACUACUAUCUCCUGUACCUUUAAACCUCCACUCUCCAUCCACUCUCUCCUCUCAGAGAUGCUCACCUCAGUAACCGCUGUGUGAUGUGACCCUCCAUCCACCAACCCUGAUCUAAACCAGGAAACUCCUGAGACUGACCCCUCCCCAAACAACCAACAGGUUACUACAGUACAGGAAGAGCACUCGAAUGACUUCCUCCCAGACCCCUCUCCUUCCCUCUCUCCUUUAAUCUGGCCAUCUCCUCCUCCUCUUCCUCACUCCACCUCUGUCAUCUCCUCUUUUGAUGAGGUCAUGUACUGCCAACCUCUGUCCUGUCACCCACCAGUGUCUGCUGUGUUCACCUGUCCUGUGAUGCUGCUGCUGAAGAUAACGACCAUGAUGACGUAAACCCCGGAUUGUCAAACACCUCUUCCUCCUAGCUACCCCCCCCCCUCACCCCCCAACCCCCUCUUUGUCACUGUGCUGCACUGUCACUCCCUUACCAACCUCACCCCCCUCACCCCCUGCCACUGUGCCUCAUCUGGAACCCUCUCACACACCCCUCCAACACCCACACAAACACACCAUCCUGUGUUUCUCUUCUAGGUUCACCCUGUGGUCCAUGUCUUUAUGUCAGUGUAAGAUUAUUUUUGUUUUGUCCUUGCUCUUGUUUUUGUACUGGACAUAACAAAGCCAAUGUUCUAUUGUUGAUGUCUCUAUACCCCCAUGCCCAAGUCUUUUCUCUCAGUGCACAGAAAAACAAACAAAACAAACAAAAAGGCAAAAUGGACGUCUCCUGACGCUUCAUUUGACAUUUUGUUGUGUCUGCGUGUGUGCGCAUAUGUGUCAUGUUGUUCAUGAAGCAUGUCAACUCAUGGAUAUGUUUGUCAACACAGGGAAUGUAAUGUUAUCGUUUCUUUUUGUGUCUUCUCUCUCCCUCUCUCCACACCCUGGGUAUUCCUCUCAUUUGGCUGCUCACUGCUUUCUCUCUCUCUCAACCUCCUUCCUUCUGUCUCCCUCACUUUAUUUCUAUCUGUUCACUUUUCAUAUAUCUGGACUUUCUCUCUAUAUUUCCGUCUCUUUUCCUCCCUCUUCUCUUUCUCUCCCCCUCCCUCGCCCCCCUCUCUCCCCCUGCUCCCCCUCCGGGGUGCGGGUGCAGGAAGCUGGCUGACUGUCCCGAGCUGUUGGACGUAGAGGACAUGGUGCGGAUGCGUGAGCCAGAUUGGAAGUGUGUGUACACGUACCUGCAGGAGUUCUACAGGGGCCUGGUGACCAAGGGCCUGGUUAAAACCAAAAACUCCUCCUAGAGUCGCACCCCUAGGACCCCAAAUGCACUCAUGGUGAGAGAGGCAACAGGCCCACGGAGGAACCACAUGCUGGUGCUGGAGGUUUAUGGGGUGGGAUUGGUGUGAGUGGGAGAUUCUCAAUUGAGCAAAGGUUCAUACUCUACUUGAUUCCUCUGUCCUCUUCUCCGCCGUGACCCAGAAACUGAUAAGUGGUCGCCAUAUGUAGGAGAAUUUGUUAAUUGGUUAACCGAGGAGUUUCCUCAUCUCCUAGAUUGCCUCCUCCAGCGGAGGAUACCAGAGAUUUUCCUCAACCCCUUGAAUCAGCUGUUGUUUACUCGGAGGAGAAAAACAUGCACACAUUUAAAAACCAUACGCUACUUAUACAUUUAUCCAUCAAAUGUCUAGCACAACUAGCUAAUGUAUUUUGACCCCUUUACACAUUACAUUUUGGGAUUCCUCUACUGUACACGUCAGCUGCCUGAUGACAAGCUUGUUGCGAAGGAGUCUUAUUUCAUACAUGAGCAUUUGUUUCCACGUUUCCUCUCCUCGAUGACUCCUAUCCUCGAUUACCUUUGAGCUUUUUCAAAAGGAGGUGAGGAGAGGACAGAGAAGAGGACGUGAGGAAUUGAGCAAAUCCAAUUGAGAUUCUCUCAGUGUGUGAAUGAGGAGUGCAUGUUGUGGGGGGGGAUGAAUGGCAGGAUCAACAACAGUGCCACCAGUUCCAUCAUAUUAUGAUGGUGAAGUCAGACAGGAGAAGAGUGAGCUAUCCAUUAAUACAAACAUGAUCAUUAUCCUGCAGGAAGUCAUAUGAAGUGGUAGGAAGUGCACUCUUAGUGUUGCACUGUCUAGGUACAGGUCGGAGCGCAGUUUUCUCCGCCCUGUGAGCCAGUGCUGGGGUCCAAAGGCCCAAACAUGGAUUGUGAGGUUGUGACUAGAGUCAGAGCCAGGCUGCAGCCAGGCGGAGGGCCAGCCAUCAGCACACCCCGUCUGCAGCUCCACACUUUAAAAGGAGCUGCCGCAACACAACAGUGGAGUGGAAACAGAGAUUGGAAACAAAGUGGAGGAAAAAUAAAUGUCAGACCUGUGGUGUGUGAAGCAUGUGUAUCAUCUCCCCUCAUUUAGUGACUUCAGAAUUACUGAUGUUUUUGUACUUUAAGUGUAUAAAGUCUGGUCAGUUUAUAACAACCAUUGCUGAAUGACAUAAAUAGACUUAUCUCCUUAGUAUCUAAAACAACAAAGGAAAACUUUUAAUACAGAGUUUUACGGUGUUGACAUUUGUGUUUGUCUUUGAGGGGCUAGGUUACUAUCUGCUGGUAUAGUAGCUGUGCUCUCUGUGUCCCUGCCACCUUGCAGCUGUUUCCCAGAGCUCUCCCUCUCCUCCUUCUCUGUGCUCCUGGCUGGGCAGCUCACACUGCCAUACUGUUGUCAUUGUCAGUCAGCUACAGUACCUUUAGGGCUUAGUAGUCAAGUGUGCCACCAUGUGGUUAUAUGCAUGCAUUGCACAUAUAUUAUUUUGUUGACCAAAUGGCAGAAUAUGUUUGGAAUGCCUAUAAUGCUUUUUUGAAACAAAUACUUUGUAGAGUGUCUCCCUCUUGCCUGGUUAGUUUGGGUGGAUGAAAAAGCUGUUAUGAGAGCAGCGUUUGUGGAGAGAAUGUCAUAUUUUAUCCUUACCAUCACUCCGUUCAUCUCUCUCUUUCGCCAUCUCCCCACCUCUCCCUUUCUCCAUCUCACCAUCUCGCCGUCUCCGUCCCUUAGGGAAUGUGCCAACUGCAUGCCCCUGCUGGAGGUGGAGGACAUGAUGAUCAUGGGGAGGAAGCCUGACUCCAAGUGUGUGUUCACCUACGUGCAGUCACUGGUCAACCACCUGCGCAGGCACGAGAUGAAACUUGCCAAGGCCUUGGCCAAACUCCAGGGCACCGACUUCUGAUCUGCCCCUGUGCUCACAGUGUGGCCUUCCCCAUCGCACCACUACACAGUACCCCUCCUGUCCUCCUGAGCCCUGUCCCUCAACACCACCCCUGUCCCAACAGGCUGACAGCAGCCCAGACUCUGAGUGAGAGGUGUUACUGAUUUGCACAUCUCUGAUGGCCAACGGUGGAAGAGUGUUUGUGUAGGUGUGUGUAUCUGUCUAAUGAUUAUCUUUGUUGACGGUGGUGGCAUGCCAGACAGAUAAAUUCCCCCCCGCUGGACACAUAUUUGUUCAGGCUGUGCGACCCUUCCCGAAGGAGAACUCCAAAGUUUUCAUAAUAGAGAAUCUUUUUAAGCUUU